UCCAGACGUCAAGGCGCGGUGCUGAAAGAGUUAAUCAGAUGUGGAAGAGAGCGCUGAGCUGCCAUGGAUCCACCUUCAGAGAGAUGCGACGCCUCCUUACACAGCUGACUGGGAAACACAGGUAGUCUGUCCGAAUGGGCUCUCGGCAUACUUGUUGAUCUUCGGGCGAAGCACUGGUGCGAUAUGCGGAGCAGGAAACCGGCGGGUAGGCAAUAGAUCGUGCUAAGGAUCUCUCUGCCAUGUCGGAGGCAGAGGAAGGGGAAAUGGAUUGGUUUAGACCCUGGCAAAAGUAAACCAAUAACGACGCCUCCUUUUUUUAAAUGCUACUGCUUCAUCUCCGUUUGUGCCAGCGAAUUGAUUGUUCACAGAGCCGUGCGUGCUGGUUUGAUUCAGUGCAGGAUGACAACAACUCAUUACGAUAAAAUAAUGAAAGAAAAUAGGACCAGCUGUAGUCCAUAGCCCUGGAUGUUUGCCUGAUUCCUCAACCUAAAGUCAUCAUGGAGAAAUCCUUGGCAGAGUUAAAUAAAGCUGGCUCCCGCUCAACAUCAUUGCUGCCACCUGAACCGGUGGACAUCAUUCGCAGCAAGUCAUGUUUCCGUAGAGUAAGGCUGAAUGUUGGGGGUCUCCCACAUGAGGUCUUGUGGCGAACGUUAGAUAGGUUACCACGAACACGUUUGGGAAAGUUAAGAGAUUGUAACGCCCAUGAGUCUCUGAUGGAAGUGUGCGAUGACUACAACCUUGAGGAGAAUGAGUACUUUUUUGACCGACAUCCAGGGGCAUUCACUUCAAUUCUGAACUUCUACCGCACGGGUAAGCUGCACAUGAUGGAAGAAAUGUGUGCCCUGUCGUUCAGUCAAGAACUCGACUACUGGGGCAUUGACGAGAUCUACCUGGAGUCGUGUUGCCAGGCGAGGUACCACCAGAAAAAGGAGCAAAUGAAUGAGGAGCUCAAACGAGAGGCUGACAAUAUGAAAGACAUAGAGGGAGAAGAAUUUGACAACACUUGCUGUGCUGAAAAACGAAAGAAACUUUGGGACCUUCUGGAAAAGCCUGGCUCAUCUAUUGCAGCAAAGAUCCUGGCCAUCAUUUCCAUCCUCUUCAUUGUGCUAUCCACCAUUGCCUUGUCUCUGAACACCCUUCCAGAGCUGCAGGACACAGAUGAGUUUGGCCAGUCCUCAGACAACCCACAACUUGCACACGUGGAAGCUGUAUGUAUUGCCUGGUUUACCAUGGAGUAUCUGCUUCGCUUUCUCUCCUCACCCAACAAGUGGAAGUUCUUUAAGGGUCCUCUGAAUGUCAUUGAUCUGCUGGCCAUCUUGCCCUACUAUGUCACCAUAUUCCUGACAGAAUCCAACAAGAGUGUGCUGCAAUUUCAGAAUGUCCGCCGUGUGGUUCAGAUUUUUCGGAUCAUGCGUAUCCUGCGUAUUCUGAAGCUGGCUCGUCACUCCACAGGCCUUCAGUCUCUGGGCUUCACUCUUAGGAGGAGUUACAAUGAGCUGGGCCUACUCAUUCUUUUCCUGGCCAUGGGAAUCAUGAUCUUCUCCAGUCUGGUGUUCUUUGCUGAGAAGGAUGAGGAAGAUACAAAGUUUAAAAGCAUUCCAGCUUCUUUUUGGUGGGCUACUAUUACUAUGACCACAGUUGGCUACGGAGAUAUCUACCCAAAAACACUACUGGGAAAGAUAGUGGGGGGUUUAUGCUGCAUAGCUGGAGUACUUGUGAUUGCCCUACCUAUUCCCAUUAUUGUAAAUAACUUCUCUGAAUUCUACAAAGAGCAGAAGAGGCAGGAAAAAGCACUUAAACGAAGAGAGGCCUUAGAUAGGGCAAAGAGAAAUGGUAGCAUUGUCUCAAUGAACUUGAAAGAGGCAUUUGCUCGUAGUGCAGAACUGAUGGAUGUGGUUGUAGAGAAGAGUGAGAGGCCUCAUGACAACCAUUUCUCUCCGAGCCGUUGGAAAUGGACCCCCAAGAGAGCUGCAUCAGAGACAAGCUCAAACCGUUCCUUCAACGCCCAGGAAUUAGGCUCUCCCAACAAGGCCAGAGACACCAGUCCCCAGAGGCUAAAUGUUCAGAAAUUAGAGGAGAUGUACAACCACAUGGCCAAGACACAAUCCCAGCCAAACCUCAAUGCUAAAGACAGAGGCUCUAGAGUUGGCAAACAGAGGGAUGAGAUAGAGCUGGGGGCCAUCCAAGAUCAUGGGCCCCCGGUGCUCGGAACCAGAGAAGGAGUGGGGGACAUGAAAAGCUUGUCCAGUAUUGACAGCUACAUCAGUUGUGCUACAGACUUCCAGGAGAAUCCACGCUUCCCCCAUAGUCCAGCAAUGGACCUUGGUCUUCAGGAAAGCAACCGGUUCUCCCACAGUCCGGUUACAGCUUUGUCCCAGCACGGCAGUGCAAAAACAGGCCAGCUAACCACCGGGGAGCGUGAACCCAUGCUGACUCCUGUGUCUAUCACAAAGCCCUCAUGCUCAGAAAAUGCACGGAGAUUCUUCUUUUCUGGCAACUCUUCAAAAAUCCUUAUCCCCAAAGGAGGCUGGCACAACGAUGGGGGGUCAGGCCCGCCCACGCUCUCAGACAGCUCAGUCAUAUCAGACCACUCUCUGUUAAGCCCAGAAGUUUCUGUCUACACCACUGCCAGCAGCAGAACCCCACCGAAGUCCCCAGAGAGCACUACCCUAGCAGCAACUGUCUUCACCUUCCACGACUCCUCCAUCAGCAAAUACAUCGAUGCUGAUACAGAUGAUGAUGAGCACAACCGCGACAUCUCUGACGCCAGUCCCUCAGAGUGUCUUUUGGCUGGUUCAAGCCCAAAACGCAGCAUCAACAUCAAUUACCAGAAAGGUGUCAACCAUUUUGAAGCAGCCCAAAAAAUGCUGGGCCAGAACUGUCUGUUUCCCAUUGAAGGGAUUCGUGGGGUAGCUCAUGAGAAUCAUGUAGGUCCUGAGAUGGCACGUAGACCAAAGGUUGAGAGGGGGCGUCAAAAUACUUUAGAUAAAAGCCUUUGAGGUACAAGUGCAGCAUAAAUAAACAGGAAGCUGGAGCCAGAGUGUUUGUAAUGGAGACACUAGACAGACUAAAACACUCUAUAAGCCAGAGACAAAGCAAGAGGAAGAGACAAAGGAUCUCACUGAAACAUUUGACAAUUUACCUGAGCAUGCCACUGGGCACUACGCUCAGGGUCAAUAUGUGUGGUGAAUACUCUGGGAGAAAAAAACACUUAAAAUGGAGAAUGUCACUGCCCCUCCUUCAACUCAUUCCUAUUAAUGGUAUUACACAAAACAAAAGAGCCCUCCCAGGUAGCCAACGGGUCUGUUAAGAGAUCCUCGUGGAAGCAGAUUCGAGAAAUUGAGAUGUGCUUAUUGGUGUAACUAAACUGAAUGAUGAUUUUAGCGGCAGGGGGAUAUCUCUAAACUCUCCAGGAAAAGAAAUCCCAGCUGCCCACUAUCCCAUUACUGAGUCCCAUUUCAUUUUGUAGUCUUGGAGAUACAGGAGGGGACCUAGAAGCCAAUAAGCUACUUACUUGUGCCCUCCAUUCCAAAAACUGGCCUUAGUCAUUUACAUUUGUAGGGGUGUGCACGUCUGAAUAAACUGUAAGCGUGUGUGUGCAUGUGUGUGAGUGAGAAUGAAUGUUGAUGGGUGAUCUAAUGGUAAUUCAUGUAUACACACUCUUGAGAUUGUCUUACCUGAUUUAUUUUUAUAUAGAUAAGAAAUAUGUGAUUUGCUAGUCUGCUGUGUCAUAAUCAUAUGUGAAGAGUAAUCCUGUAUAAGGUUCAAUGUCUUGGCACAGAUGCUGCAGUUGUCAGAGGCUCCAGCCCAUCAUCCAUUAUAAUGAGCGCUCUUUCUUGAACAGUAUUUUGCCAGCCCCUAUGUUAUCAUGUCAUGAUGAGAUUCAUGUCAUGGAUGAUACUCUCAAAUCUUGACCAGUGAAUAUUGUCUUAGCACCUCAGUGUCAUUUUUAAGGGAUGGUAGAGGUAGUGGACCAAGAAUAUUUGAUAUGGGCUAACAUAAGAGCCAGUAAUAAACAGCUUGAUUGCUGCAUAAAGCGCACAUUUAUGAAGCAUGCAUCCACCCAUCCGAGCAACAUACAAAAACAUGAGACGCUUUUAAAAAUGAAAUAUAUGUAAAUCCUCUAAUAUAGUUUUUAUCUUUACAGCACAUGACUACUGACAUAAAGUUCAGAUUUCAGUAACAGAUGUUCAGCAUGCAUUGGCCUUCCUUUGACCAACAUGAAAGCAUUCAAAUAGCUCACACUCGCAGAUAAUGGAAUUUAUGUGUAUUUGAUACUGAAAGUACUGAAAGUAUCAAAUACCGGGGAGUUUUCCCUCUCUACUUUGUUCCCUUAAACUGUAAUGGCAGUAAAUAUACACUGCCAAGUUAACUUUACCAUAGGGCAGUUGAAAAUGCCUGACCAGAUGAAACCCAUGCAUGAGCACACACACCCACUAAAGAUACAUACAGUUUUGAAAGAAAACUUUCAGGAUACAUAGAUAUACUUAGUUUCCAUGGUGACAGCUGCUGUCUUCAAAGGCUGGCAGCAGCUCAGCAAUGUUUUUUUAAUUGGGGCGGGGAGGUCUGAUUGCAUGUAAUGUAGUUUAACACAUAUACAAGAACACACACACACGCACAUACACUCUCAUACACGCAUGCGCGCGCACACACACACACACACACACACACACACACACACACACAGGCAUGUACCCAUAAAGUGACAGGUAUGCACAGUAGUCACACAUUAGCAGAGCCACUCCUCACUGUGCAUAUUUAUGAGUACUCUAUAAACGCAACAUUAUGAUGUAAGGACCUUGUACGUUGAUGUGUUCAUGUCUCAAAUCUCUGUAGCAUUCCAUAAAUACUACAAUUCCCAACAACGCAUUCUCUAUUAUCUGUUUAUAUUACCACACAACAGAGAGAAACAGUUUUACAUAACACGCUAGUGUCAAUUACCACUAGUAAUGAAACACAUUACAUGAAUAAUACACAGAAUAUAGAGGGACAAAGGAUUGUAUUUUAACAUUUCAACAUUUAACAUUAUCCCAACCUUAAAAAUGUGACUUAAUCAUAAAAUAACAUUGACUUUAUAUCUAUACCAUGCUAACAUGAGCAGUAAGCAUAAAGAGUUAAAACCCCCUGUUCCUCCUUUAGCCCCUUGAAAUGUAAUUUCAAAUGUGAAGGUACAACUUUUUCUGUAAUGCCUUUUAAAAAUUGUCAAGAGCUGGAAGGUCUAAUGUCAUCAUGACUUUCUCUAACGUUAACAAGAUGAGCAAAGAAGAAGCUCACUGCCAACUAAACAAAUUCUCAAAGCAAAAUAGCCAAUAUAUAAAAGCUUCCGAAUACAAGUAUAUUGGUGAAAGAUACACAUAAAAGAGGUCAUUGCACUAUUAUAAAUGUAGGUGUUGAGUAAAACGUUAUUCAAAGGUCAACAGAAGGUGAUCAACAUACAUGUUUUAGUGUUGUGGUUAAGUCUAAUCACAAACCAUGAUUUCAUUUCCUGUUUUAAUCACAGAGUUGAACCAUUUCAUAUUGCUCUACUAUUGUGAGAGAAGCUGAGGUGUGAAAGGAAUAGCAAUGACUGUGAGAGGCAGAGGGAACCAUGUGUGUGUGUGUGUGUGUGUGUGUGUGUGUGUGUGUGUGUGUGUGUGUGUGUGUGUGUGUGUGUGUGUGUGUGUGUGUGACAGCUGUAAAGCCAGGGCAUUAGAGCAGUGUGGCUUCCGCUUAAUGGAAAAGAAUGAACAGUUUAUGAGUGUAUGCAUGUCGGGGGAAGCCUGCUUCUUUUUUUUUUUCUGUAUUCCAUCUGCAGUUCUGACUCUAACAUGCGGCUUUAUUUACAUCUGAGACGAGAGGAAUGGGAGGUGCAUUUUAUGGAUCUUAUUUAGCACACAUAUAAUAAGGCAAGGAUGGAUGGUUUGAGCUGGUGAUAAAUUAAUUUACGCAGUUUCAUACACUAUGUAUGACAAAUUUCCUGUUUUUUUAUUCACGUAAAAUGUCUAGUCAAUUCAAUUCAAUUAUAUUUAUAGUGUCAAAUAAUAACAGAAUUAUCUCUUUACAGAUAAAGUAGGUCUAGACCACACUCUAUAAUUCUCCCAGCAAGC